AGAGUUAAAUUACAUGAAUUAGCGCGUGUUUCCGUUGUGUGUUAUCAAUCGCGUGUGUCUUUAUCAGCAAGUGACCGGAAUUGCGUGAAAACGGGGCACGUGGGCUGGGCGAGAUGCUGCAACAUCCGUCGACCGAUUACUACGAGCUAUCGGCGGCCAAACAACAGCAGCAGACGCCCCCUACAUUCAGUCCGCAGAGUGGUGGCGGUGCCACCAUGGCCGUGGGACCGAUCGGUGGCAACGGGGGAGGUGGUGGAUCAUUGGUGAUUAGCAAUAGCAACAGUGGCAACAACAACAAUAACAACAGUGUGAAUAACAACAACAAUGCCAGCGUUAGUGAUGCUGAUCUGGAGCUGAUCGCGGGCACUGGCGCUGAUCGAGAAUCGCUGCCCAGCUUUGGCUUCACCCAGGAGCAGGUGGCGUGCGUGUGUGAGGUUCUCCAACAGGCCGGUAAUGUCGAGCGACUAGGACGAUUUCUCUGGUCGCUGCCACAGUGUGAUAAGCUACAGCUUCACGAGUCCGUGCUGAAGGCCAAAGCGGUGGUUGCGUUCCACCGGGGGAACUUCAAGGAGCUGUACCGGCUGCUCGAACACCAUCAGUACUCCCCGCACAAUCACGCCAAACUACAAGCACUCUGGCUCAAAGCGCACUACGUAGAGGCGGAAAAGCUACGCGGCCGUCCGUUGGGUGCGGUCGGCAAGUACCGGGUGAGACGCAAGUUCCCCCUGCCCCGCACAAUCUGGGACGGCGAGGAAACGAGCUACUGUUUUAAGGAAAAAUCAAGAUCGGUCCUGCGAGAUUGGUACACCCAUAAUCCAUACCCAUCGCCCCGGGAGAAGCGGGAGCUGGCCGAAGCAACCGGCUUAACGACGACACAGGUUUCGAAUUGGUUCAAAAACCGGCGGCAGCGCGAUCGAGCAGCUGAGCAUAAGGAUACCGGUGAAUCGGACAAGCAGCAUCUGGAUUCGUCGAGUGAUUCGGAUAUGGAUGGCCCAAGCCUGGCUUCGCUUGCCGUCGGUCCCGGUUCCGGUGGUGGCGGAGUGCUGCACCUUGGCACCAGCGGCGGAACGCUCAGCACAACCCAGGGUGGUGGUCAAGCUUCGGGUGGUAGCGGAGUGCUUGGAUCGGCCGGAGCUACCACGCUCGGAAGCCUAAGCAGUGGCGGUGGGUCGGCAUCAUCCGGUCUCGAUCCUCACAACACCUCACACCAUCAUGCACAUCAACACCAGCAACAGCAACAGCAGCAGCAGCAGCAGCAGCAGCAACAGCAACAACAACUCGGUCAGCAUCAUCUUCAGAAUCCGGGCCAUGGUGGUGGGACAACCACGACAGGUGGUAGUGGUGGUAGUGGAGGGGGAGGUGGGCAGCAUCCACACUCGCAGUCCCACCUUCAUCAUCCACACCAACAGCACCACCCGCACCAGCACACCCAUCAUCACGCCAGCCAUCCCCACCAGCAUCAUGCGUCCUCCCAUCAGCACCAUACGCACCCGCAGUCGUCGCACCAUCAACCGCAGCCACUCGGGACGCGGAACGGCAAUCUGAUGAACAUUUCACCGAGCGGCAACAAGUCGUCGGUGUCCGCGAUCGGUCAGCAACUAUCGGCUGCUGCCGCCUAUUCGCACUUCCACAAUGUGAUGGGCUCGAUGCCACUCUACGACAUUGGCGACUAUCAACAUUUAUGAUUUUAAGCGGAGCGGUCGUCAUCGGGCACAAAAGACAGACGAUGGGAAGGGGGGGAGAUGGGUGAUGGAUGGGAUGAGCGGAAUCAAAUGAUGUGUAUGGCGAGUUCAGCUAGCUAAAACGGAACUAAACCGGAGAAAGGGGCAUGCACCCGGUUACCUACCCGGUUGUAAACCUAAUCGGCAAUGUUGAGGGGCGAUUUUUUCUAGUUUAACGUUAGUGUUGAUAGUAAUCCAAUUGAUGACUGGCCAAAUGCGUGGCCCCGUGUAUGGUAUUUUCGAUACUAGUUUUGUUUUUUUUUAAAUCUAAAUCUCAUUCUCUCACUCACUGUAAUCGAAUCUUAACGAUGUGAAUACACAAAAUGGUACUUUAAACGUUUCGUUGUUUAAUGUUUUCAUGCCUUAUAUUUCAUGUAAGAAUGUUGU